CGUUUUUCUCGCUUUCUAUAAAUAAGGUUAUGGUUCGCAACUGAAUAUCACGCGCUUUACUGUGUUCUUUCCCUCGUCAACUUUGUUUCUCCAUACUUUCCGCGAAACUGUUUCUGUUCUUGAAUCGAUUCCAAGAUGAGUGAAGAAGUGAAAGAGAAACAAUCUGAGAAGCUUCAGCGACCAACUCCACGUUUGAACGAGAGGAUCCUCUCAUCUUUAUCUAGGAGAUCUGUUGCUGCACAUCCAUGGCAUGAUCUUGAAAUCGGACCUGGAGCUCCAGUGAUUUUCAAUGUGGUUAUUGAGAUCUCAAAAGGUAGCAAGGUGAAAUAUGAACUUGACAAAAAGACAGGACUCAUCAAGGUUGAUCGGAUUCUGUAUUCAUCGGUUGUGUAUCCUCACAACUACGGCUUUAUCCCACGCACAUUGUGCGAAGACAAUGAUCCUUUGGAUGUUCUAGUUAUCAUGCAGGAGCCUGUGCUUCCUGGUUGUUUUCUCCGUGCCCGAGCUAUUGGUUUAAUGCCUAUGAUUGACCAGGUAACAUUCAAAUCUAUGUUUAUAUUAUUGUUCCUUUUGACUUGAACUGUAUAAACAUUCUGAGUUUUUUUUGUGUGUUUUGAUCUCUAAUAAAGGGUGAAAAAGAUGAUAAGAUCAUUGCGGUUUGUGUUGAUGAUCCUGAGUAUAAGCAUUACACUGACAUCACUGAUCUUCCACCUCAUCGUCUCUCUGAAAUCCGGCGAUUCUUUGAAGAUUGUAUCCUUUUUAACAUUUUUAAAUCUUUAAUCAUAAUUCUCUAUUAGGAGAAAAAAAAUAUAUAUGUCUUUUGCUGUCUUUAACCAAAAUUUAACAGACAAGAAGAAUGAGAACAAGGAAGUUGCUGUAGAUGAUUUUCUACCAAAUGGUCCUGCUGUUGAAGCUAUUCAGUACUCAAUGGACCUUUACGCUGAGUACAUUCUUCACACCCUGAGGAGAUAAAAAAAAAAAAAAGAAGCAUUUCUCAAGAACAUUCCUGCCAAUUUUUGCUCUGCAAUCUCAGAUUUUGUUGCAGAGAGAGAGAAAAAGAAAAAAAACAAGAAUUGGUCUGAUAUUUGGAUUUUGAAUAAGCACGUGUUCUCUGAUAUUUGGCUUUAAAGCUUCUUCUUCUUUCUUGUGUGUUGUUGUUGUUUUCUUCUGGGGUCUUUUGUCUGCCCAACAUUAAUCCCAAUUUAAGAUUUUUUUCCUCACUUGUGUUUGUAAUCUUUUAUCAUUUAAAGUUUCGAUUUCGUUCCAAUGAAACCAGACAUUUAUUUUUAAAUGAGUGUCACUGUCACUUUAGCAUAGUCCGUAUUCCCAUUUCCUUUUCUUUCUUCUUCAAUACAAAUCCCAAUUAGAUUUUGCAGAAUCAGAAUAAGAAAUUGUCAGGUGGUGGAAAACUUUUUUUUUUCUUUGUUGUCAGAUAGUCGGAUCUGCCGCCCACCCAAACUGG